AUGGCUGCUAUCAGUGUCUUCACUGCACCGUAUGCUGGAGUUUAUUACUUCACCAUCUUCCACCAUGCUGGCGGACGGCCAGGCACACUGCUGUUCCUCUACAAGAACAAUGAUUGCGUCGUGCAGACCCAGGAUCACCCAGCAGUCCACGAGACGGCUCAUAAUGGGGGAAACGCUGUGUUCCUGCAGCUGCUAGAGGACGACCAAGUCUACGUGCGCAUGGAUAAAAACUCACACGUGCACGGCUCUGGGUACCACACGACCUUCAGUGGCUUCCUGGUGGAGAUCAGAAUGCAGUCACUCCUGUGAUGCAGUGAAUCAUAUGGAAAUGAGUCCUCACUGUAAAGUGUCCUGAUCAAUGUCAGUGUCAUGUCACAAUAUUAUUUUUAUGUUGUUUUUUUCCUUUCAAAAUGAACCUGAUACUUUAUGACCUGAUUAAAUAGCCUCACAGAAAUGUGACAAUACAGUUUAAAUGAAUUAAAGUGAGAAAUGUCCAAUUUUUCUUCUUUUUUUUUUUUGUAAAAGUUUGAACUAUGAAAAGAUUAUGAACUAUUAAAUGUU